AUGGACGCCGCUGACCCCGUAAUUGAGAUAGAUGUGGGUGAGCGAGCAGCCGGCAGUGGCGAGACCGUCUCGGCCGACGUAGACGCUGACAGUAUCAGCAUCGUCAGCGCUGAUGACAAAAGUGGAUGUUCUGCCGACGUCGCCGAUGCUAGCGGGGAUGAGGGUAAUUAUGUCGACCUGGUUAGCGGCAGUGACAGGGGCAGUGGAGGUGAAAAUGGCGGUUUGGCACCCACGGGCCCUGGGCAGGGAGAUAGUGACGUCAUAUCUAACAUACCAUCCGGUCCAGUGAGCGGCGCUGGCAGUGGUUCUCCCGUGGACGGCGAGGCGGGUGAUUCGUCGGCCCUCUGUUGUCUAGAGCAAGAUUGUCACGACGAAGAGCGGGUGCCUGAGGAAGUGCGGGGCGGGGAGGAACAUCCCUGUCACGAGGGCGGCGAGGGCGGCGUGCUAGGCAAGGAGGCGGAAAGGGCGUGGGCAAGCGCAGAGGUGCAAGGCGUAACCAAAGAAGAACACGACAUCGACCCUCGUACGUACGCAGUAAGCUCGCAGGAACAGGUGGAUGACGGUGGUAGGGAGUCCUCGCCCGAUGACGAGACUCUGAGAGACGCCCUCAGCGAGCCGCGUGAGCCCGCGAGCCCCUUGGAGACCCUCGCGUCAGAGGAGGAGAAAGAAUCUAGUCCCGAAGGCUCCCUUGGACGGGUCGACCAGGAGGAGGCUCUUGGAGCCGCGACACCAAAGAAGCAACAUAACGAAUCGGAAAAAGACAGCGGACCAGAGGAGCCCUGUGUUCCCUGCGAGAGGCCAGACGGUUACAUAGUGGAGUGCCAGGACAGAGGCACUGUGGUGGUUGGCGUUCGAGGCGUGACGUUCGUGGAGGCCUUGCCGUUCCGCGAUCGCUAUUCUCCCGAAGUGUCGAUCAUCUGGGAGGAAGACACAGAAGUGGGCGACGGAGAGGCCUGUGACACUGCCCCUGGCAACAAGCCGGAAAUUGCCAAAGAGUCGUCGCUAGAGGGGGACUUCGACUCAAUUACACUCGAAGACGUUCCUGCCGAUGCUGAUCGGGAAAGCGUUGCUGAAGGUCAGCUUUUGGUCAGCAGCGAUAUUAUCGGUGUCCCGACGGAAUUCGCUGACGAUCUGGCAUUGGUCCGCACAAACGAGGGAGUACCUAGCGUGAGUGCAGGGGAGGAAGGAACGCCAGACGAGGUCCCGACACCUACCGAAGGAGACGAAGACGUAUCAUUGGCAACAGCAGAGGUCGAGGAUACAGCAGAGCGGGCGGAGGCUGUCGUGGGGAAUCUCCAAGAGGAGGCCGCUGUCACCGACGACAAGUGUUUAACAAGUGUUGCUGUGCAGGACUCGCUAAGCUUCCGUCUAGGUGCGGGUGAAGCGGGAGAAGCUGGGGAAGUGAAUGAAGUGAACGGUGACAGAGCAGAAGCGAUCGUUGAAGUUAUCGUGAACACGGCCGAGGAAACUGAGGCGAAUAUUAUUGCGAAAGAGUGUGAAGUGAGAGGAGAGGAGGCGAGUGGCGAUCACGACGCAGGUGGCGAUGAUAAUGAACUUAUCAGGGGAAGUGAUAAGUGCGGCGAAGUGAGCGAGCGUGACCGGGAUGAGAUAGGCCGCGAGGAGUCCCCGGAUGAGUGCGCUGACGAAGGCGAGAGCGAAGAAGAGAGGCGAGGGAAUAACGAUGAGGUCUUGGAAAGUCUCUUGAUGUUGAGAAGUGCAAAUAGUGUUGAGUGCGAUGAGGAGUGGAGUGCUGUUGACUUAGUCGUGCGUGGAGCGAGAGGUGACCAAAGUUCUCAAGAAAAAGCAGUUAAAGUCAGUGUUAAAGUGAUUGAGGAGAAUUCUUCCGAAACGGAAGCCAGUGCUGAUUUGAAAGCUGAAAAUCCGCCGCGUGCCGACUCGUCCGCUGAAGGUGAGGCCUGCGCGGACACUCCCAAGACAGCCAUGAGCGACUCAAGUAACCGCGACUCCGGCACGAGUUACUUGAGCGAGGGCGAGGACAGCGACGACGACACCCUUGAAGGGCGGAAUAGCGACGGCGACGCCAUGAUGGCGAGCAGCACGGACGACGGCAGCAGCGGGAGUGGCGGCAGCUCCGGCGGCGGCUCGGGCGGCACCGGCGGCAGCGAGGCAUUCAGCAAGUCGCACCGGCGGGAGGACAGCGGUGUGGAGGUGGGCCUCGAGGCCCCCGCGCAGCACUUCUGCGGCCUGGCCACUCCGCCCCGGCGCCGCCACGCCUCGUGCGACACGCCGCCGGAGGAGGCCGACCCCAACGACACGACGCUGACGGGGCCCGAGGGCGGCAGCGAGGCCUCCGAGGCCGAGGACGGCGGCGAGGGGACGCUGAGGUUCCGCCGCAGCCGCAGCCACCAGUUCCGUAUGGGGCGGAGGUUCAGCAGCGGACACAAGAUGAUGGAGAAGGUGCGGAAGGCCGUGCACUUCGGCCGCAAGACGCUGCUCGACGACUCCGCCAUCGACGUCCACAACACCAAGCACGACGCCAACAACGCUGCAAGGUAA